AUGUGGUCGAAUCUUGUGUCGACUAAAGACCGGACGAGCAGCGGGCGAGAGUAUGGCAUGGAUGGUGGAGCAGGUGAGAAGAGGGUGAGGGGGUCGUUUGAGGAGGAGAGUGAGGCUUUGGCGCUUGGGGCACGUCGGGCGGAGGAGGCAGGGGAUGAGCAGCGGGUGAGCAUGGUGGAACAGGGAUGUGGUUGGGGAGGGGAGGAUGAGUUACACCUGAAAUGGGAGGCGCUGGUGCUGGAUUCACGGCGAGCAGAGGAGGCAAGAGAUGAGCAGCGGGUGCUCACCAUUCUCCUGCGGGCCAUGCAGCAGCAGGUGGGGCAACUGAAAGGAAAACUCACCAUUCUCCUGCGGGCCAUGCAGCAGCAGGUGGGGCAGCUGAAAGCAGGAGAAGGGCAGGGCCAGGGCGAGGCAGGGGGGAAGGGAGAGGGAAAGGCAGAGGGAGGCGGUGUAGCUGCAGGAGUGGCAGCAGCAGCGAGGGCGUUUAUCACUCCAGAAUACCUUGCUGCUGUGAGGGGUCAGAGGAGAGGGGGCAAGGAUGGGAUGUCGCUCACGCAUGUAUCGCCCAGGCGCCGUUCAUCCCACCGCUUCGUCCCACCCCCACCGCUGCAAAUCAGCAACUCGUUAGACCCCCUCUCAGGUCUCCCCAUCCUUGAACCCCUGCCAGAUCUCACCGUUCUCGACCCCUUUCAACCCCUCUCCUCCCUUGACCCCCUCGCCUUUACCAGUGCCCAGCCAAGCCCCCCCAUCUCCCCAUGGGCUGUCCCUCCUUCGCCCUGGGAUCCCACUGCUAUGGUCAACGCCAGCCUCUUUAGCCCUGUGGGCAUGGCGUGUGGUGCUGCAGAAAUCCAUAAUGCUGCAGAAAGGGCUAAUGCUGCAGCAGCGGUUAACGCUCUUCCCUCCGUCUUUCACUCUACUCCUUCCGCACUAGUUGCUGCACCAGGUGAUCUGAUGUUUCCUGGCCUGCUGACGGGUAUUGCAGAUGCUUCUGCUGCUGGUAGUGCUGCUGCUCUAUUUGACCACUUAUCCUCACAGCCCGGCUCGUCCCCGCUGUCAGCAGACCCGUUAGUAGUGCCAUUUUCAUCCGUCCCUGUAGCUGAACCUCUUGCUCCUGCCUCCUCCCACCGACGAACAAAGGAGAGGCGUGAGCAAAAGCAUCACCAGCAACAGCAACCCCACGUGUCCUCCCAACCACUCCACCCCUUUGCCACCCUCCCUCUUUCCAUCCAGUCUCUCAUCUCUCCCUCCGAAGCAGGAGCUACUGGUGGGGCAGGUGUUACUGGUGGCAGCAAUAGACGCAGCAAGAACAAUACCUUUGGUGACGAAGGGGAGGGCAGAAGGAGAAGCACAGGGGACACGGCGAGGAGAGAUAGAGAGGGAGCUACCAAUCCGCGUCCCCCGCCAGAUGCUGCCAAGUUUUUGCCGCCCAUGAGGCGGCUUCUAGCCGACGCGGACCAGGAGAAGGGCGGCAACCCGAGCUUCCAGCGGUGGGCCUUGACUGGCUUGGAGGUGCCUGAGGAUAUUAAAGACAUGGGGAUGGGCAGAGGCGCAGGGGAGAUUAAAGACGUAGGAGAGGUGGGAAUGAUACGGCUCAUGGAGCAUGCUCGUCAGGCUCGGGAGGCUUGUGAAGUUCGGGAGGCUCGGGAGGCUCGUGAAGCUGUGGAAGGCUCGGGAUGGGAUGCUGGAAGUGAGAGCAGUGGGAUUCAUGGGAUGGUGGGGAGGAGGAGGAGGGAGAGUAGUGGGACUGGUGGUGGGGUAGGCAGAAGAGAGGGUGGUCUAGGAAGUGCAGUGCAUGGUGACACGGCAGGAAGGGAGAAUGGCAGGGAGGGCGAGGACGCCUGGUUCGGUGCUGGUGGUGGUGCUGCUGCUGCUGCAGCUGGUGGUAAGGAGGGUAAAUGCAGUGGCGUGCUCAUUGGUUCUAGUCAGGGGGUCGUCCUUAGUGACAGCAGUGGCAGCAACGCUAGCAGCAGCACUGGCAGCAGCGGUGGAUUCCAGAUUGGAAGUAGCAGUGGUGCUGGGACUAGCAGUAGCAGGAGUGGGUUCCAGGCGGACGGCUUGAGUGAGCAGCUAGCGCUGAUCAACGCACAGCUGGAGCAGGUGUAUCUGGAGGAGGCUUAUCUGCAGCAGGCGCAAUCAGGGGGAGGGGCGGAGUGUAGGGAGGGGAGAGGCGGGACGAGAGAGGAGCAGGGGAAGGCGGCUGGGGUGAUUGGGUGGUUCUGCGCGUCCUCUGCUGCUAACAGGGCGGCUUUUAGAGAGGCGGGUGCUGUAGAGGCGCUGCUGCAGCUGGCUACUGCUGAUGGUGGAGAUGGCAGACUUGGCAGUCCACGUGGCAGUCCACAAGGCAGUCCACAUGGCAGUCCACGUGGCAGUCCACGUGGUGGUUCGCAUGCUGCCAUGGAUGCGCUCCUGAGGCUGUCAGCUGAUGUGGAGAGCCAGGAGCGGCUGCUGCUCCACCUUCCUCUGCUUGUUCAGCACUCCUCCUCCCAAAUGGCGCAGGGCACAGUGAGCAGCAGCAUCAUCAGCGUCAGUGCUUCGCUCUCCCCACCUCACUCCCCUCCGUUUCUCGCAUCCCAUACUUUCCUCCCAUGCUCCUCCCCUCCCGCACUGCCUGAACAGUUCUUCCUCCUCCCCAGCAGCACAGGCCAGACUCAACAACAUCGUCAGCGCCAGUGCCUCGCUCUCCCCAUUUCAUCCCCUCCCUGUCUGCCCCUUUUUUCUCACCUCCCUCUCUUCCCUCCCAUGCGCUUCCCUUCCCCCAGUGCCAGCAGCGUUCCUCCUCCUUCCCAACUGCCGAGGCCAGAGUCAGCAGCAUCAUCCGCGCCACAGCCUCGCUCUCCCCAUCCCACCCGCACCCUAUCUAUCCCCCUUUUCUCGCCUCCGUUUCUGCCCGCCCCCCUCCCACACACUUCCUUUCCCACGGUAUCUGAAGCGCUCCUCCUCCUUCCCAACUUCCCAGGCCAGACUCAGCGCCAGCCACUGCCUCGCUCUUCCCAUCACAACCCCCGUACGUCCUCACCUUCUUUUCUCACCUUCCUUUCUCACCUUCCUUUCUCACCUCCCUUUCGCCCCGCCCUUCCACUACCCCUCCUCCAGUGUUUCAAGCGCUCUUCUUCCUCUCCAGCAGCGCAGAUCAAACUCAGCAGCAUCGUCAGCAAUACGGCCUCGCUCUCUCCGCACGCCCGAUCUCAGCUCGUGCAAGCAGGGGCGCUCAAACCGCUCCUCAAACAGCUCGCGAAAGGGGCGAGCAGAUGGGCCAUGGACAAGGAGAAAGGCCUGAGCGGAGAGAAAGCAGGAGAGGGAGAGACGACAGGCAUGGGAUGUGGUUCGGGAAGAGAGGCUCGGAUGGCGAGGCAAGCAGCAGCCGAGGCUGUGGCGAGCCUCUCGCUCUCCGACUCCUGCUGCUCCUUCCUCCUGACUCACGACUCCAUCCCCAUCCUCACUCUCACUCUCGAAGCCUCCCUUGAUUCUGCUGAUUGGGGUACCACUCUCCCUCUCUGCUCCACACUCGCUGCACUAGCAGCGUUCUCCCAGGACAGUCCUGCAGCAGAAGCGGCUAAGGCGAGGGAGAGCGUAGGAGAGGCGAUUCCAAGCCUGGUGCAUGUGCUGACAGCCUUUGCCUCCUAUGCCUCCUAUGCCUCGAAUGCUGCUUCAUUGUCAAACGGGGGUGGAGAGGAGGGGAGGCGGAGUGAGGAGGCGGUGAGGGCGGUGUUGCAGGCGCUGGUGGUGAUGGCGGGGUGUGGCGAGGAGCACAGGAGGAGUAUGAGGAGCUGUGGGGCUGUAUGUGCUCUAAGGGAGGUGGUGCGGUUUGCACCGACAGACGUGCAGGGGAUGACGCAGCAUGAGGAGCUGUGGGGCCGUGUGUGCUCUGCGGGAGGUGGUGUGGUUUGCUCCGACAGACGUGCAGGAGAUGGUGAGUAA